AUGCCGUUUGUUUUGAACGAAUCUCACCUAAUCAACCCGUAUCAUGAUUAUUAUAAUCUUGGUUCUUAUAGGCGGGCGGUGAACUCGAGCAGCGAAGAAGCUCGAGAAUGGGUCAAUCGCGGCUUGAUCUGGAGCUACGCGUUCAAUCAUGAAGAGUCUGUCAAAUGCUUCGAACACGCCAUCGCUUGCGACAGCAACUGUGUCUUGGCUUAUUGGGGUCUGGCCUACGUCUUGGGUCCGAAUUAUAAUAAGCCUUGGGAAUUCUUCGAUGAAACCGAACUGGAAAAUGUCAUGCGACGUACCCACAGCGUGGUUGAGCAAGCCAGGGCCAGGUUGGACAAAGCACUGCCCGUUGAGAAAGCGCUCGUAGAGGCGCUGAAGUUUCGGUACCCACAAGAGCACACAGGUGAUAAAGAUUGGUCAAUAUGGAAUCAAGGGUAUGCCGAUGCGAUGGGAAGAGUUUACGGGGAGUUCCCUGAUGACCUGGAUAUAGCUGCUUUAUAUGUAGAUGCGUUGAUGAACUUAACUCCAUGGCAGCUCUGGGAUCUCGCUACCGGAGAGCCAGCAUCAGGAGCUCGCACAUUAGAGGCUAAGGCUAUUCUAGAGCGAUCGAUGGCUCAAGACGGUGGAUCUAGACACCCGGGUCUGCUUCAUCUCUAUAUACACCUUAUGGAGAUGUCUACGACCCCUGAAGCAGCGUUGGACGCGGCGAAUGCGCUUCGGGAUCUUGUUCCCGAUGCUGGUCACCUCAACCAUAUGCCAACGCAUAUCGAUAUUCUAGUCGGCGAUUACCAGAGCGCUAUCGAAUCAAAUCAGAAGGCCAUCGUCGCAGAUGAUGUCUUCUUUGCGAAAGAAGACCCCCUGAGAUUCUAUACGCUCUACCGAAUGCACGACCUUCAUUUCCGCAUCUACGCCGGCAUGUUCGCCGGCCAGCUCAAGGUCACCCUCGAUACCGUUGCCCGUGUCGAACAGACUCUGCCGGAGGAACUCCUGCGCGUCGAGUCACCACCCAUGGCAGAUUGGUUAGAGGGUUUCCUCGCUAUGCGUGUACACGCUCUUAUUCGGUUUGGCCGGUGGCAGGAGAUCAUCGACCUACCAUUUUACGAAGACGAUAAACUCUACUGCACGACCAAUGCAUUCAACCAUUACGCGAAAGGGGUAGCACUAGCUGCAACGGGCAAGAUUGAAGAGGCGUCUAAGCAGCGCGAGCUUUUUGUCGAAGCUGCGAAGAUGGUUCCGGAGUCCCGCAUGGUGUUUAACAAUAAAUGUGUUGAUAUUAUAAAGGUCGCAGAAGCCAUGCUAGACGGCGAGUUGGAGUACAGAAGGGGUAACUAUGACUCGGCCUAUUCUCACCUACGUGUGGCAAUCGAGCGAAGCUAUUCCCUCCCUUACGACGAACCGUGGGGUUGGAUGCAGCCGCCGAGUCAUGCGUACGGAGCACUACUGGUCGAACAAGGCCAUUUCGACAAAGCCGUCGAGGUUUACGCCGAGGAUCUCGGGAUCGGCGGCAAGCUUCCGCGCGCAUUGCAACACCCGAAAAACGUUUGGUCAUUACAUGGCUAUCACGAAUGUCUAGGAAAGCUAGGGCGCAUCGAUGAGGCCAGGGCUAUAAAACCACAGUUAGAUGCGGCAAUAGCUGGUGCCGAUGUACCUAUUAAAGCAUCUUGCUUCUGUCGUACCAGCGUGUUUUAA